UCGAAAGCACGGAUAUUAUCGCAGGGGAAAAGCGCCAACGUCAUGGCUCGUAGCGAUGCGAACUGAUAUCGCAAAAUACGUUUAAUACACUUUGAUCCGCGAUGUCUUUGCCGCACCUGCAGCCAGGUGUACAGACUCAAGCCUCUCCCUCUCAGUCAUACAGCGACGAUCCCAGCUCGCGGAAUGAACCGCCAUCUAACAACACUCUUCCAGAGAGCUCUCGUGCUUCUCUGAGCGAAGGAUUACGCGAACCAAUAACAUUCAAACGCAAGCAAAAACAACCUUCCAGGUUCAGCCUCUCGCGCCUAUUUCCUGGUGAAUCAACCCGAGACACCAACUUCAGUUCUUCGAAUCACAGCAGGCACCCCGCGAACGGCCAGUCGCGCUCGUCGCGCGACUUUUCAAGCAGCAACGGCAAUUUGAAUCAUAAGGAUGCGGGCUUUCUGGACUGGUAUGUGGAGGGGCCGGGAAGGCGAGUAGGAUACGAUGACCUCACGGCGAUCGACUGGAUUUUCGAAUACACAAAGGAACGUCAGAGAAAACGUCUGCUUUACGCCAACAGGCAGGGAGUUGUUGGGUAUGCGCGCAAGAUCCUCGAUGCAAGCAAUGUUUGGAUCGUGUUGAUCGCUACAGGGAUCCUGGUUGGGAUCAUUGCUGCCUGCAUCGAUGUCACAAGUGACUGGUUAGCGGACCUUAAAACUGGAUACUGCAAGAAUGGGGCAGGAGGGGGCAGGUUCUACCUGAAUCGCAGCUUCUGCUGUUGGGGGCAUGACGAUAUCAAUAAUUGCUUGGAUUGGACGCCGUGGAGGAAAGCCCUUGGGGUUACUUCACGUGGUGGAGGCUACACAGUCGAAUACGUCUUCUAUGUUCUGUACUCUGUGUUCUUCGCCGUAUGCGCAUGUGCUCUGGUCAGGACAUACGCCAUCUAUGCGAAGCAUAGUGGAAUUCCUGAGAUUAAAACCGUCCUUGGCGGUUUCGUCAUUAGACAUUUCAUGGGGCCUUGGACCCUCGCUAUCAAAUCUUUGGGCUUGUGCUUGUCUGUAGCAUCUGGCAUGUGGCUCGGUAAAGAGGGACCUCUUGUCCACGUCGCAUGUUGCUGCGCAAGUUUGAUCAUGAAGCCUUUUCAUAGUCUUAACCACAACGAAGCGAGGAAACGAGAGGUUCUCUCUGCUGCCGCCGCGGCCGGUAUCUCCGUGGCCUUCGGGGCGCCCAUUGGAGGUGUUUUGUUCAGCUUGGAGCAACUGAGCUACUAUUUCCCCGAUAAAACUAUGUGGCAGAGCUUCGUAUGCGCUAUGGUAGCCUCCGUGACAUUACAUGCGCUCGACCCGUUUCGCACGGGUAACAUUGUUCUCUACCAAGUCAAGUACACACGGGGGUGGCAUCGCUUCGAGAUAAUACCAUUUAUCAUACUCGGGAUUGUUGGCGGGCUUUACGGGGCCUUUUUCAUCCGAUUGAACAUGAGAGUCGCUGAAUGGCGACGAUCACAGAGGAUCCCCAGACCGCUCUUGGAGGUGUCGGCCGUGGCUCUUCUGAGCUCACUAAUCAACUUUCCAAACCUCUUCAUGAAAGCCCAGAACUCAGAACUCGUGCAUUCUCUAUUUGCAGAAUGUAGCACAGGCACCGAUGACCCGUUCGGCUUUUGUAAGGUCGGCGCUGUGUCAGCGAGUACAGUUGCUCUUCUGCUGUCCGCUGCUCUCCUUGGAUUCUUCCUCGCAUCAAUAACUUUUGGCUUAGAUAUUCCUGCUGGUAUAAUUCUCCCCUCGAUUGCCAUUGGUGCUCUCUAUGGACGAGCGCUUGGGAUAGUUUUCCGGAUGUGGCAACAAGCUUUUCCAAAGUUCUUCCUCUUUGGCAGUUGUGAGCCGGACAUACAAUGCGUGACCCCAGGGAUAUACGCGAUCAUUGGAGCAGCUUCAGCCCUUGGCGGAGCUACCAGGAUGACCGUGUCGAUUGUGGUUAUUAUGUUUGAGCUCACUGGAGCUCUAACCUACGUCAUCCCCAUCAUGAUAGCAGUUAUGCUGUCUAAAUGGUGUGGCGACAUCUUUGGGAAGCGUGGCAUAUACGAAUCAUGGAUUCAGUUGAAGGAAUACCCGUUCCUCGAUCAUCGCGACGAUUCGGCUCCACCCGAUGUUUCUGCUCAGAAGGUAAUGACUGCCAUUGAUGACCUUACCGUCAUUACUGCUGUCGGGCAUACGAUUGACAGCCUCCGCAAUCUUCUCGCGACCACGUCCUACCGUGGAUAUCCGGUUGUUACAGACAUGUCAACCCCUGUCUUGUUGGGCUAUAUCUCACGCAACGAGCUAUCCUACGCACUGAAAUACGCUGCGUCACCGUCAGAUAAUGAUCUGACGGGCACAGCGCAGGUAUUCUUCACCCACCAACCAUUCGCAGACCCAGGCGAGACCCUUGACCUCCGGCCUUGGAUGGAUCAAACACCAAUCACGCUUAACAGUAACACCACCUUUCUCAUCGUCCUACGGAUGUUCCAGAGACUCGGUCUGCGGUACGUUCUGUUCGCCAACAAAGGUGUUCUCCAGGGCCUCCUUACCAAGAAGGAUGUUUGGUCGAUAGUCAGCGGGCCAGGACACUCCAAGGACGAAACCAUACUUGAGCGCACAUUCACUCAGCCCAGUACAGCGGAGCAAGUUGGCUUGCUUGAUGGCGACGACGGAACCAGCCUUGCCGACUCCAUCGAGCGGCGACAAUCUCUUUAGAGAGACGCAAGAAGUCAUCUUUUAAAAAUUGACAUACUAUGAUAUGUGGCAUGUUUUGCUUAAUGAUGGGGACGAGCUCCAUCUAUUCUACCUUCUGAUAAUUCACUCCACAUUUUGCUCUAAUUAUGUACUAUUCGAUGCUGCGCUUGGUCUGGUUGGCUCGGCUGUGGCUGGUGGCGUUGGCUGAUUUAAUUGUCUAUGCUUCAUUGAAGAGUCUCUGUGAUAUAUACCCAAAUGCUCUGCCAUAGCAGAAUUGAAAUCG